AUGGAUUGGACUUUCAGGCACUAUCUCGUGGCCAGCCCGUUCCCCAGAUUUAAAUCCCCUGGAUUUUUUUAUUGGAGCGGUCUCAAAGAGAAAGUUUAUUCAAAGCCCAUUGACAGCGUAGCCAAGCUGCGUGAACGAAUUUCUCAAGAUGCCGAGGACAUCAACUCUCGAGGAUAUGCCCGACUAAUAACUAGAUCUUUUUUAAUAAGAUGUAGGGCAUGUAUUGAGAAUGAUGGUAAACAAUUUGAACAUUUAUUGUAA